AUGCGUUUCAUCGAAGCUGCAGUUCUCGCAGCUCUUACUGUCCCUAUAGCCGCUCGAGACAAUUUUGACUUCAGAGUCAAUCAACCACGUCGAUUAGUUGCUGUUCAAAAACCGAGUCCAAACAGAGUUACUGGACAUACUAUCCCUCUUGCACGAGCGAAUGCAAAGACAAAUUCUUUGAGCGCUGGUUACCUUCAAGCCAUCAGAUCUGGCAGACAUGUAGAUGGUGUUUUUUCUCGGCUUCAGAAUGGAACAACAGACCUUCUCUCGGUGGGUGCGGGAAGUGUCUUCCUUGCAUCUCUUGGUGCAGGUGGCGAGACUUUUGAAGUAGUCAUCGAUACUGGAAGCAGCGACACUUGGCUUGUCAACAGCCAAUUCACCUGCGUCGACCCAUCCGAUUCUGAAGUGAUUGACGAAGCAGAAUGUGCUUUUGGACCUACCUACUCCUUGUCAUCCACAGCUCAGCAGGUCCCCAAUCGCAACUUCAACAUUUCGUAUGCUGAUGGAGAACGCCUCAAUGGCGAAAUCAUUACCGAGGACUUGACAUUUGCUGGUCUUACAGUUGAGAAUCAAACCAUGGGUCUCGUUACUGUGGCUGGCUGGUACGGCGAUGGCACAUCUUCUGGAUUGGUCGGCCUCGCCUAUGCAUCUUUGACAAAUCAAUACAGUGGCAGUGACCCAGCUCAAGACAUUCCAGGAUUUAACAUUCCUUACAAUCCUCUUCUCACAAGUAUGUUUGUCCAGAACAUCACCGCUCCAAUCUUCAGCAUCGCUCUUGACCGCGACGUUACUCAGAGCGCCCAAUCAGCUGGUGGUGUCCUAGCUGUCGGAGGUAUCCCCAAUAUCCCACACGGAAAGUCCUGGGCUGUGGCGAAUAUCUCUGUUGUCAGUAUCGAUUCAUCGACAGGUCCAACUGAGGAGUAUCAAUUCUACUCUAUCGAGGUAGAUGGCUGGGCUGUGAGCAAAAACUGGAACGCAAGUUUCGACGUGGCAAUGACUGGAAACCCGAAAAAGACACCUUUGAUUGGCGCCCCUACCUAUAAUACCAUCGUUGAUUCAGGAACGAGUUUGAUAUAUGCGCCUACCGAUGUUGUUAGUGCCCUUGCUGCGGCGUUCAGUCCCCCUGCUGUUUUGAGCUCGUCGUAUGGCUUGUACACAGUUGCUUGCAAUGCUACUGUACCUCUUUUCGGCGUCACCAUCUCGAAGAAAGUCUUUUACAUCAACCCUCUCGAUUUGAUCAUUGAUACUGGAGCGGGCUUCUGUGUUACCGGUGUGCAAGAUAACGGUGGAGGCAUGACUAUCAUUGGAGACACAUUCAUGAGAAACGUCCUCACUGUGUUUGACGUGGGAGCAGCACAAGUCCGUUUCUCGGCUCGGGAAUGUCAGUUGAGCAAUGGCACAAUCACUCUUGGAGGCAAAGCUGACUAUUUCUGA